CUGCACUACAACUCGAAGACUCUAAAGACUGAAUCGCCAAACACUUCUCGUGGAUCCUCCUUGCCAAGAACCCUUUCCAAAGAGUCCAAGCUGUAUGCCAAAGGGAAAGGAAGCGGUGGAGUGAAAACUGCUAAGCUAUAUGCAUGGGUAGCCCUCCAGUCACUGCCAGAGGAGAUGGUGAUUAGCCCAUGCUUGCUGGACUUCCUGGAGAAAGCUCUUGAAACCAUUCCAAUUACACCCAUUGAAAGGAAUUACACAGCUGUCAGUUCACAGGAUGAAGACAUGGGACAAUUUGAUAUACAAGAUCCCUUGGAAGAGUCCACAACAUCUUUAGUAUCAUCCUCAACAUCAGCAUAUUCAUCCUUCCCAGUCGAUGUGGUGGUUUAUGUGCGAGUUCAGCCCUCUCAAAUCAAGUUCAGUUGUUUGCCAGUAUCAAGAGUUGAAUGUAUGCUGAAGUUGCCUUCCUUGGAUCUUGUUUUCUCUUCAAACCGAGGAGAGCUGGAGACUUUAGGCACAACAUACCCAUCAGAAACUGUGUCCAUUGCUAGCAAUACCUCACAGAGCAGCUCGAAGAAUUCAGUUAGUAAAUCUGGAGGCCCAGGUUCAUCACCUGGACUAGGCAGCCCCCUUGGCAGAACACGGCACAGCAGCAGCCAGUCAGACCUGACUACUUCCAGCAGCAGCUCCUCAGGCCUGAGCUUUACUGCCUGCAUGUCUGACUUCUCCCUUUACGUGUUCCAUCCAUACGGAGCCGGAAAGCAGAAAUCGGCCGUUACCGUGCUAACCCCUGGAUCAGGAGGCUUAGGGAAUGUGGAUGAGGAACCAACUUCGGUCACUGGCAGGAAGGAUUCCUUGAGCAUCAACCUGGAGUUUGUCAAAGUCAGCCUGUCACGAAUGAGGCGUUCAGGAGGUUCCUCCUUUUUUGAGAGUCAACCUGCAAGUAAAGCUACCAGCAAGAUAGAUACCACAUUGAUAAACAUAUCUGCUGUCUGUGACAUAGGAUCUGCUUCUUUUAAAUACGACAUGCGCCGCCUCAGCGAGAUUCUGGCCUUCCCCAGGGCCUGGUACAGGAGGAGCAUUGCUAGAAGGCUCUUCCUAGGUGAUCAGACAAUAAAUCUGCCAGCAUCGGGUCCUGGAACACCAGAUUCAAUUGAAGGGGUUAGCCAGCACCUUUCUCCUGAAUCCUCAAGGAAGGCAUACUGCAGGACGUGGGAGCAGCCCUGCCAAUCUGCCUCCUUUACACACAUGGCACAGUCACCUAAUGUUUUCAGUGAACACAGUGCAAGCAGCAGUAUGUCACCUGGGACAGCAUCUCACAGCUUAAAGUCUCCAGCUGUUACAAGAUCCAGGAGUGUGUCUGACUCUUCAGUGCCUCAGAGAGGUGAGCCCACAAUGACUUUCUCUUUUUUUCAUGUACUUCCAUGGAAAA